UAGAUCCCCCAAUUUGGCUGGCCAGUUUUGUAGAGGGAAGUGAGAUAGUGGAGGCUUUUUGCAAAUCUGUGUUUGGGGUUGUAAAACCACAAGCAUGAGUUGUACUUUGUCAUCUUCAAUAUCAUAUGUUGGCUCAUUUUGCGGAAGCAUUCGAUUCAAAAACCUAAACUAUUUAGUCACCGAACCUUUUGCUAGAAUUGGCAAUUCCAACACUAAAGCUAAAUUCCGAAGGUCUCAUCAUGAUGUGAUUUCUAGCCACCUUGUUCCCAGAUCCUUGGGUGGAUUGCCUACAUUACAGAAAGAAUUGAAGGUAUCAGUUCAGAAUUCAGAACGAAUACGAACACUGCUGAUUGAUAACUAUGACAGUUACACAUACAAUAUAUUUCAAGAAUUGACUCUUGUCAAUGGGUUGCCUCCCCUGGUGGUUAAAAAUGAUGAAUGGACAUGGAGAGAGUUUUAUUGCUACUUGUAUGAAGAAAAUGCCUUUGACAACAUAGUUAUAUCACCUGGACCUGGAUCUCCAACAUGCCCCUCAGAUAUAGGACUUUGCCUGAGGCUGUUGCUUGAGUGUAGUGAUAUCCCUAUUUUAGGUAUCUGCCUUGGCCACCAGGCUCUAGGAUUUGUGCAUGGCGCUCGGGUUGUCCAUGCACCUGAACCUGUCCAUGGACGUUUGAGUGAUGUUGCACAUAAUGGUUCCAAGCUAUUCCAUGAGAUCCCCUGUGCAAUAAAUUCUGGAUUUAAGGUGGUUCGAUACCAUUCUUUAGUUAUAGAGCCUGAAUCACUCCCAAGAGAACUGAUUCCUAUUGCUUGGACACCAACCUCUGAGACCACUCCUUUCCUAAGAAGCUUUCAAUCUGAUCCAUAUACUCAUGCAUGUGACGGAGUGAAUGGGAAUAAAGUUUAUGUUGGACCUCUAUCCAAAGAUUUAAGAAAUGAAAGUUCAUUUUUCUCUUGUGAUGCUGAAAAGAUUCCAGCUGGACAAAUCCUUAUGGGCAUCAAGCAUUCCAGCAGGCCUCAUUAUGGACUGCAGUUCCAUCCAGAGAGUGUUGCAACCUGCUAUGGAAAGCAGAUUUUCAAGAAUUUUGCCGAGAUAACUAAGGGUUACUGGUUGAGGUUGAAUCCCCCCAUUAGUGAGAAAAAUGUCACUUAUGCUGAAUGCAUGCAGGCGGCUAAAGUGGACCAGAUACUUACAGAUGCUUCAAGAGGAGGCAACAUAGUGACUACUUUGGGUGAGAAGAAAAACAUCUGUACGCAGAGCAUCAUAAAUUCUUCAAAUCCCGGCUAUAAUGUAAAAUAUUUGAAGAUGAGAUGGAGAAAGCUUGAUUACCUGGCCAGCCAAAUUGGGGGAUCUAAGAAUAUAUUUUGUGAGCUAUUUGGUGGUCAGAAUACUGCAAACUCCUUUUGGCUGGAUAGUUCCUCAACAGAAAAGGAAAGAGCAAGGUUUUCAUUCAUGGGCAUAAAGGGUGGGUCCCUGUGGAAGCAUGUUUCAUUUAGGUUAUCAGAUGAACGAGGCGAAGCUUAUAAAGGAGGUGGCCAUUUAACAGUUGAGGAUGCUAGUGGCUAUCUUCAAACUUCAUAUCUUGAAGAUGGAUUUUUGGAUUAUUUGAAUAAGGAGCUUGAGUCAUUUUUCUAUGAUGAAAAAGAUUACGAAGGAUUGCCAUUUGACUUUUAUGGUGGCUAUGUCGGUUAUAUAGGGUAUGAUCUUAAAGCUGAAGCUGGCAGAGAAACUAAUCGUCACAAAUCAAGGGCCCCAGAUGCUUGUUUUUUCUUUGCAGAUAAUGUUGUAGUUAUUGAUCACCACCAUGACAACAUCUAUAUCAUAUCGCUUUAUGAUAGAAAUACAAAUACUUCCUCUUGGUUGGAUGAUAUUGAGAAAAAGCUUCUCCAUUUAAAAUCUUCUGGCUCCAAGGCACAUACUCCAAACACAUCUCAAAGUUUAGAGGUCUAUCCGGCAAAAAAAUGUUUUUCUGCCGAGAAGUCUAGAGAGCAGUACAUAAAAGAUAUUGAGAAGUGUCAAGAUUAUAUCAGGGAUGGAGAAAGUUAUGAGUUGUGUCUUACAACUCAGAUGAGAUUGAGAAUAGGGGAAAUUGAUUCCCUAGGACUUUAUGUUAGUCUUAGAGUUAAAAAUCCAGCACCAUAUGCUGCAUGGCUUAAUUUUUCAAGGGAAAAUUUAUCAAUAUGUUGUUCUUCUCCUGAGAGGUUCAUGCGAUUGGAUAGAGAUGGGAUUCUGGAAGCAAAACCCAUAAAAGGGACAAUAGCUCGCGGUUCAACCCCAGAGGAAGAUGAAUUGCUUAAACUAAGACUACGACACAGUGAAAAGGAUCAGGCCGAAAAUUUGAUGAUUGUUGACCUCUUGAGGAACGACCUUGGGCGUGUAUGUGAGCCUGGCUCGGUCCAUGUACCCCACCUCAUGGAAAUUGAAUCAUACGCAACAGUCCACACAAUGGUUAGCACAAUACGGGGAGAGAAGCGGUCAGAUGUUAGUGCAAUUGAUUGUGUGAAAGCCGCAUUCCCUGGCGGGUCAAUGACCGGAGCACCAAAGCUGAGAUCAAUGGAAAUUCUCGACUACCUUGAGAGUUGUUCCAGGGGCAUUUACUCUGGCUGCAUCGGCUUCUUUUCAUACAACCAAACAUUUGAUCUCAACAUUGUCAUUAGAACUGUUGUGGUACACGACGGUGAAGCCUCCAUUGGAGCAGGAGGAGCAAUCACGGUUAUGUCAAGUCCUGAAGAUGAGUAUGAAGAAAUGGUUUUGAAAACUAAAGCUCCUAGAGAUGCUGUUAUUGAGCACAUUAAGGCUGGAUAACUACAUGGUUGGGUCAUUUCAACUUUAAGAGGAAGCUGCGUUAUUAUUAGUAUUACUUCUCAGAGUUUACUAUGAGUAUUAGGGGGUGUUUGGAACUGAUUCUGCUUCUGCUUCUUUUUUAAAAGCAGAAGCAGAAUCAGAAUCGGUUUUCAGAAGCUGGUACCCCCAGCUUCUAAAAAAACUGAUUCUGAGAGUAAAUUAGAGCUCCAGAAGUGCUUCUGGAAUUUCACCCAAACACUCUAGCUUCUGCUUCUGCUCCAUGAAGGAGCAGAAUCAGUUUUGAGAAUCAGAUCCAAACACCCCCUUAUUCAGCGUCAACAGUAAUGCUCUCAAGAUUAAAGGUUGAGUAAUGCUCUCAAGAUUAAAGGCUGAGUAAUGCUCUCAAGAUUAAAGGCUGUGGUGUUGGGUGUGACAGAUAACUUUAGGUUCUCAGAACAUUUUAUUCUAUUAUCACACAGAAAGAGUGUAAAAGGCGUUGAAUAUGUUGAAUAUCUAGG